UCAACUACGUUUCAAAACAAAAAAAAUGGCCUGUGCCAUCGCCGGUGAUGACUUCGACUCGUGGUUAAUCGUCAAAUUAAAGGCCCUGAACACAGACGAAACUGUUUUUUCGUCUUAUAUCAAAGGCAUUUUAGAAGGCGAUGAGACAGAAGAAGAAAAGAACGAGUCCCUUGAAGAAAUCUUGUCUGAAAUCACGGAGAGUCGAAUCUCCAGCCUUCGAGAAGAAAUUCUUCAAAGAUGGCAAACUUUUUCCAGUCAAAAGCAAGAGGAACAAGAAGCUGCAGCAGCUCAAAACAAACCUGAGGACGUUGAUGAGAGGCUUGUUCGACUAAUGGAGAGCCAAGCCAAGUCAACAAUUCCUGUCCGUAAUUACACUGAUGAAGAACGAAGACUUAAAGAAGCUAUACUAUCGCAAUAUGGACACGUUGCCGAUCAAGAAGACGAAGAGGAGGAGGAGGAAGUGGCUGUGCCAAGUGGACUCGCAGUGGAAAAAGCUGCUGCAAACAAAGGCGGAUCUAAGGGUGCUGGAAUAGAAAGAAACACCAACUUUGAGGACGUCCAGAGAGCCGACAAAGAUAGACGAGAAAGAGCAAAGCAGGAAGCAAUCCAGAAAAAAGAAAAGGAUAAGGAGGACAGAGAAAAGCAGAAACAAGCACAACAGGAGAAGAAAGAAAAGCGCAAAACUCAGAAGGGCGAGAGGCGGCGGUAACCUUCAGAGUAAAAAAGUAAGUGAGCUGCUCAUCUCAAAAUCAGCAAGUGUUGAAGUUACUGGACCUAGUGCGUGUGAUGCCUCAUUCUAUUGGCCAUAAUAAUUAAAAAACGCAGAAAAUGCUCUCUUGUUGUUGACCUACCUUAAAACCAAUUUGCAAACGCCUUUCUAAGACUCCUAGAUUUUGGAAGUUUGAAGGAGUCCGUCACCUUCAACAACAUAGUUGCAUUUGUGUAAUUAGGCUAUUUGGCAUGUCAACCGUAAAGCCAAGACUAAAAUUAGAUCUUUGUUAGAAUAUGAUAAAUAUGUAAGGAAUCCUCGGUUCCACCCAACAUUUCCAAUCACCUAUUUUCUGCACUUUAGUAUUGAAAAAAUCUGGAAAAUAUCCAUAAAUUAUGUUUGAAAAAUUAAUUAUCCUGCUCACUAUCAAGCAUUAUUAAACGCAACACAGGAUAAAUAUUUAAAAAAAAAUAUGGGAUUGUUCAAUCUAUCGUUCGUGGCUUUUCGGAAGACGCAAAGAAUGUCUCAAUUAAUAUCCAUGAUUUUUUUGCCUCUUGCUGAUCACAAAUCACAACAAUGCAACCUUGCCAAUUGCAUGUUUAUCACACGUCACUUAUGAGGCUGCUUAAAAUCAAAGUCAUCAAUUUAUUUUAUUAUUUCCUUCAAUGCAAGCACAGUAAGAAAGUGUUGCUUAUUAUUGGUCCGUGCAUUGAAAAAAAUAACAGAAAAAUCGUCUGUAAAUGGGAGUUUAGAAUAUUUUAACCUUUUAAUUUAUUAUGCAGCUACUCCAGUGGAAAUAACAAUUGUCCAUCCCUCAAAAAUGUAUGUACAUGCGGCUUGUUAAAGAGAUAUUGAAAUAAAAUUUAUGUGUAAAUUCAUUGUCUAAAACAAAACAAAAAUAUACAAC